AUGGACACUACUAGCAUUAGCAAGAAGAGUAAACAUGGCUUCACUACAACUGCCGAAGAGUACUACUCAGAAGAGGGAGACCAGUCCACAUUACCAAUCGCUGCCACUCCAUCAGUUGGACGAUCAAAGAAGAAGAAUACAUAUAGAUUUAAAUCAUUUAGCGAACAGAUAUCAAGUAUCGAUAUAAAUAUAUUCAAUAAGGUUGGAGAUGUUGUUAUUGAGUUGGAGGAGGAUGAGGAACAGAGUGACUCGUAUUUUCACAAGACGAUGGUGGCAUGGCGCGAGCUCAACUUGACGAUGCAUUUUGAGCAGUUUCAAAUCGAGUUGAGGAAGUGUCCAGUGACGCUGGCCGAAGUGCUGCUGCACAAGGAGCAUCUGGUCGAUGUGAUCACUAGACAUAUGGCCAUUGCCGGUACCAUGGCACUCCAGCCACUGCUCGGUCUGCUGACGGCUUUGUCACGCGAUCUCCGCUCCGAGUUCUUUGAGCACUUCUAUGCUCCCGUGCUCCAAACCAUGAUCACAAUGCUGCAACGUCCUCAACCGACACCAGAGGUCAUCAGUGAGUUGUUCACAUCACUAUGCUACCUCUUCAAGUUCCUCGAGCGUCAAAUAUGCAAGGACUUUAUCCGCUUCUAUGACAUAUACUCAGAGUUGUUUAGACUUAGGAAGAAAUACCUUAGGAGGUUCGCUGCAGAGUCGAUGGCAUUCCUUCUGCGAAAGAUACAAUAUGAGCAGCUGCAGCAGUCGUUGACGGCGAUGUUCCAGCGUGCAGAGACUCACUACAGCUCGAAUGAGUAUUGCGACGCAUUCUCAUACCUGCUGUUCCAAUCGAUCAAGGGUGUCAAGGGCAAGUUCCACUCGAGAGCCGAGCACACUCUGCCGCUGACCUUCCGCGCAGUCGACGCUAGUCGCGAGUCAGCCGUCGUUGCCGCACACCGCAUACUAGUGCCAUUCUUCCAACUCAUACUAAGACAUGCAGUUAACGAGGGCGAUAACAUGGAUGCGAUCUGGGCGACACUCAUUGGCGAGUCCGACUUCCUGGCCAAACAACUCGAGGCCAAACAAUGGCCCGCAUUCAUCUCCAAGCAGUACAAGACAUUCUUUACAAUCAUCCAGUCGUUCAUCAAGUUUAGGCGUGGAGCUAACAUCAAGGACUACGGCGAUGUAAUCAACAUACUUGGCCGCGUACUUAAUACCAAGACAUACAAGAGCAUUAUUGCCAAGCAGUCGUUUGAUAUUGAGGCCAUCACUUUGACAAUGUCUAGCUUGCUGCCUCAUACAUACUUUGCGCGAUUCAAGGAGCAGAGGGACGCUUUCACAACGCUGGUCGACGUGCUCUUUGCCCUGUCGGACCAAUCGUCGCAGUCCAACAUCAUCUCGUUCUGUCUGUCGAUGGAGCGUCACCAGCUGUUCGAGUCAUUCAUCAUCACUCGUCUGCUAAAGUACGUCGAGCGCAACAUGGAGAAGCUGGACUGGGAGCAAGUACUCUCGUUCCUCGUACGCCUGGUGGCCCUUGAUCCGACCAGCCAGGAUGGCCUGCACCCCAUCCGCGAGUACCCCACGCUCAAGUCCACGCCACAGUUGUCUGCCAAGGUCAAGAGUGUCCUUGGCUCGGCCGACGUCGACAACUCAAUGCUUUGGGCAUGUCUGGUGCUGGCCGUAUCGCUCGAGUUCCAAGACGCCACAAUCUUGGCCACCCUGGAGAAGGUGUUUGAGCGUGUGAGCGCGGCACACAACAAGGCCGCUGUCGGAGGCAAGACCGCCAUUGACGAGACCACCUAUCUCGUAGGCCAAUGUUUGAUCACCCGAGUGAUCCUGACCUCCCGUCUCGCACCCAAGACACUCAUCUCACUCAGUCCCGUGGUGUUUGCCCUGCUCGAGAAGCUGCCAAACAACUACCACGUACUCAACGCUUCGGCCAUCUAUCUGGAGACGCUUCUUGAGAAGGGAUCCGCAUCCACAACCAUUCAAAAAUCAUCAUCAUCAGUAGCCGGCAGCAAGAAGAAGGCUUCCGCCGCAGCACCAACAGCAUCAGCCACAGCAACAGCCACAGCCACAAUCACACCAUUGGUAUCAUAUGACCAAUUCCUCAAGUUAUUGCCAUUGUUUAGCAAUAACCUUUCGCAUCAAUCGACGUCCAUUCGAAGGACGACGGUAUCAAUGUUGGUCGGCCUCCACAAGGCCACACAGGCAUCAUCCGAAAGUGAUGUCGACAUUCAAAGAAUGCUCCAGUACAUGUUGGAGAUUGAGACAACUCAGUAUCAUACUAUAGAGGGACGCGAUGUAGUGUCCAAGAUGGACGCGUUGACAGUGCUGCACACAUCGGGCAAGACCAAUGUGCUGAGCCAACACUUUUACAACUACUUGCUCGGUGGUUACUACAUCCGUUACACACCACUUUGGACUGCCAUCCAGAAUGCCAUCGUCCAAGUGUGCAAGUCCCAGGACAAGGUCAAGGUGUUCUACCCGCUGCUCUACCAGCGUCUCCAGGACGUCAAUCAACAGCUUCAAGAGAUGAAGUGCGCCACACCCAUGGACAUCGACACACCAGGCAAUCAUGCUCAUGAAUAUGAGCUCACUGGCGAGGAGUUGAAUGAGGAGGAUGUUGACACAGUUGAGGACACACAUGAGGUAGAGGACGAGCAGGACGACGAGGAAGAGGCACAGGACGAGGAGGACGACGACACAUUCCACUUGGACCUCUCGAGCUUGAAGACCACUGUGGUGUACGGCGAGGUGCAGCAGUUGGCCAAGGGCACGUUCAACGCAGACUUGGGUGUGCGCAAUAUUAUUCGAUCAUCAACAGACCUCUCAUCAUACAACGAGCUGAUCUGGAAGACUUAUGCUCGUCUGGGCCAUUUGAUCGAGCAUUACAGCAAGGAGAUCAUUGUCCAGUUCCUCGAGUUCAUCGCCAUCGACUAUCACAGGUUCUCGGCGGUCUUUGCCCGCCCGUUCGACGCAUCUCUCGGUGCGCUGACCGACUCAACGCGUGCCCAGCUCAUCUUUGCCAAGUUCGAAGCAAACAAGCUGCUAACCUACUUCCUCGAGUUCUUUGCUCAGCUCAAGAAGCCCGCGCAGAUGCAUCGCGCACCUAUGAUGGCCGCAAUCUUUGUGCGCACGCUCGAGAUUGAGGACUCCAAGAUUCAGUUGGCCGGUCUCGCCUGCAUGUUGUUGUCGCGAAUUGAGCUGCAACCAUACCGCAAGAACUUUGAGCGAUUGAUCAAUGACAAGACGAUGCGCGAGGAGAUGGUCAACUUUGUGAUCUCGGCAUCGUCGCCAUCAUGUAGCGUGCCAGCUGACAAUCGCGCCAGUAUCGUAGAGCUCAUCAUCAAGAUCCUGCUGUCCAAGCUUAACAAGAAGGCCAGCGGCAACCGCACCACCAUCGACGCACAGCGCACCACAAUCUUUGCCUAUCUCUCGGGUCUCCAAUCAGCCGAGAUCACGCCCAUUUGGCAGCGUGUCUCCUCCGCCUUCUCCAAGUUCCUUCAGAUGCUACCCGUCAAGAAGGGCAGUUCCAGCGCGCUGCUCACGUCCAUCAACCAGUACACACCCGCGCUUCUCGAUGCGCUGCCACAGACCGACUCACAGGUGAACUUCCUCAAUGUGGUGCACCCGUUCAUCAGACAGAUGGGCACUCUGUUGCUGGGCGCCAAUCUGGACGCAAUCAUGCAUAUCUUGUUGGCCAUCGCCAUCAAGUCAUGCCAAUCAAUGGGCAACAAGGGAUACGCCAGCGCCAAGGCCAACGAACUUCGCUCAAUCUCAUUCAAGCGCAUCUCUGGAAUCAUCGAGCAGUUCAGUGGCGUUGAUCACAACACACACCUGAAGGUACUGUUCCAGGUGUUUGCCCAGAUGUGGCCUGCGAUCCAGGCACAUGGCAUCUCGUUGGGCAUGAAGCAGGUGAUGCUGAUUGUGUCCAAGAACCCACUCCUGGUCCAUCACCUCGCGACCGACCCCACGCUGCUACCCAAGCUCAUCUCCUUUGUCACAUUCCAGCCAAUGCAAUCCGAUGUGAUGAUGCUGAUUGAGAACUUGCUGCUGGGCGCCGAUGAGCACGAGCAGUACAUGGCCGUGCUGCAGCCCCUGGUCACGCCCAUCAUCACCUCGGUCAAGGCCGUGCUGUACAAGAAGCAAGGCGCAUCACUCCAUUCAAUCUCGCGUCGUCAACUUGUCGUCCUGGCUGAGGUCUCCAAGUAUGCUCGUGCCGGCGACCAAUCUGCCGAGCUACUCGAGCUGCUGCUGCCUUUCUUCACCGCCGGCUCGUCCACGGUCACCAAGCUCAAGAGCGACCCGGGUCUUGUGAUGUCCAUCCUCACAAUCUUUAGGAACUUGGUCGAGCACAUUUCCGACCCCGCCAGCCACGUGCCCGCGCUCUCUUCACUCUUUGCCAGCUUUGUGACUCGCGAGACCCGUGAGCUGCUGUGCCAGAUCUUCACGGGUAUUGGCCGCAAGGUGCCAUCCAUUGGCAAGAUCGCCACACUCCUGGCCGACCUCAAUGCAUUCAAGCAGGACACCGUGCGUUUGGAUGCUUACGAGUUUGAGCCGCGUCUCAAGGCUUUCGAGAAGCUCACACCAUUGCUUGGUCAGUACGAUCAGAUUCAGUUGGCGCCAAUCCUCAACAAUAUGAUGUUCUACCUCUUGGACGCAGACUACUCGAUCCGCGGAUGUGCCGCCAACGCCUUCUCCAAGCUCAUAGCGGCGAUGUCAUCGUACAGCCCCGAGCAGCUGGACUGGACCUGCCGCCUUCUCCACGAGAUCUUUGUCCCAGCAGUCAAGCGCAACCUCAUGGAGCCUGGCGAUGCCAGGACUGAGAUGCUCAACCUCUUCAACAAGCUGGCGGCCAAGUUCCCACUUCACUUCUUUGGCGACGUCGAAUGUUUGAUGGGCGACAAGGGAUUCCUUGCACUCUACACCAAUAUCCAGUCGUCCAAGCGCAGGUCUUCGUUCACAAUCCUGCGUCAGAAUAUCCAGGAGCACAAGGACACGAUGAAGGCACCAUCCAUCACUCAGUUGAUCCUGCCCCUUUGUCUGGCCGCCAUUCUCGAGACUUCAAACAAGGAGACUGCCUACCUAGGUGAGAUUGCCAAGGCCAUUGGUGAGAUGGCAGCCAUCUUAGAGUGGCGCCCAUACUACCAGAUGGUGCGCACGCUACAUCGCACCAUGGCCAAGCAUCCCCUCAAGGGCAAGUUCAUGCUGCGUGCCCUGUGCGAGGUGUUGGACAAGUUCCACUUCUUCGUCAAUCAAACAGACAUUGCACCAGAGAUGGUCGAGUCAGUCAAGGGCAAGAAGGCCCAGAUCUCAUUCGUCCCUGCCGACAUGGAGGAGGACACGACUCGCGAGUUGGAUGACGACGAGGCUGCCGUGGCCUCUGCAGCCGCCGCCUCAACAGACCCCAAGGACGCGCAAGAUGAUGAGGAAAACAAGGCGGACAGGUUACAGAUUCAGGCUUUGGACAUUGCCACGACCAAGAUGGUGGUGCAUGUAGCCCAGCGAGUCAAGGUGCGCAACGUCAGCGAGGAGAUACAUCAGGCGAUCAUUUACGUAUUGGUGCCAGAGUUGGAGAAGUUCUUGUUCUCCUCAAAGAAGAGAAAGGAUCCCAAUGCACCAGCCAAGCCAAUGGCAAUCGAUGGCAAGUCAAAGAGCAAGGACAAGGCGGACAGGGACACAAUGGUCGACAUCACCGUGGCCGUAGCCAUAUUCAAGCUGUACAAUCUGUUGCCAGAGGAGUCCACGCGCUCGCUCUACCCACCACUCAUUGGCAAGCUGGCCAACGAGCUCAAGAGCAAGGUGGUCGAGUCGCGUGAGAUGGCCCGUCAAACACUGGUCAAGGUACAGGGCAUCCUUGGCGUGCGCUACUUCCCCUUUAUGCUGCACGACCUCAAGUUUGUGCUCAAGAGCGGUUACCAGAAGCAUGUGCUCGUGUUCACACUCCACGCGCUGCUGUUGCAGCUGGAGAAGGAUGGCGUGCAGCCCGGCGAGAUCGACAAGCAGGCACCACUGGUCAUGGACAUCAUCAUCGACUACCUCUUCCUGGACAUCACCAUUCCCAAGGACUCCCGAUUCCAAGACUCGUUCAUGGAGGCACGCCAACCACGUGUGCUCAGCGCGCUCAAGGUGUUGGUCAAGCUGAUCACAUCGACCAGCAUCACCAAGGUUGUGUUGCAGCCUAUUGAGGACGUGCUCCAAGAUUCAACCUCGCCCAAGCUAGUAUCCAACGUGAGCAAGAUGCUCAAGAAGAUCGCCAAGGCAGUGUUGCGCAACAAGUCAUCAACUGAUCGCGACCUCCUCAUCCUGUGCUUCAACAUGUUCAAGCGUGGCACUCAUCGUCGCGACGACGUGCCAGAGAACAAGCGCAACCCCAACCUCAAGCCCACGUACGAGGAGACGUUCACAAUCCAGGCCGACCCCAGGAAGGCCAAGGCCGAGCGCGUCAAGAGUCUCAGCUACAACUCAUUCGUCUACACUGACUUUGCCCUGCAGCUCAUGUUCAACGUGAUGAGCAAGUCUGACACGGAGGUGCGUCCACUCAUCCCCAUGCUGGACCCACUCGUGCCCAGUCUGAUCGCCACACUCAAUGACAAGCAUCCAAAGAUCGCCUUCCACUCGAUCAAGUGUUUAAACAGACUUCUCCACCUCGAGCUGCCCUCGCUGCGUCCACAACUUGCCAGCGUCACAGUGACCAUCCUCAAGCGUCUCCAACAAGACGCUGGCAAUGAGAAGGUCUCAUCCGUGUGCUACAGCACCAUCAUCCAGAUCAUCAAGGAUCCAGCCAACAAACUUCUCAACGAUGCUCAGCUCAAGGCCAUCCUCAUCCUCACCAAGCAGUACUUCACCGGCAACGAUAUGAAGCAGACGCGAGCCAUCAAGAUGCUCCAUGUGAUCAUUGAGAGGAAGGUGAUGCUACAAGAGGUGUACGAACUGAUUGACCUGUCCAGCAACAUGUUGAUCAGGACACAGAAGAAUUUUAUCAAGAAGGCCCUGUCUGAUCUGAUGAUAGACUUCCUGUUGCAUUAUCCAAUGGGCGAACAACGUUUGAAGCAGCACUUGACGUUCUUCAUCAAGAACAUGGCGUACGAGGCAGAAGAAGGCCGUUUGGCCGUGCUCAAGAUGCUCGUUAGGAUAGUCGAUCAGUUCCCACAAGAAGUGCUCAACACCUAUGCCCAGCUCCUAUUCGUCCCAUUGAUCGCACGUCUAGCCAACGACACAUCACUUCCAUGUCGCCAAGAAGUUGGCAACGUGCUGUUGAUGCUGCUCAAGGGUGUGUCCAACCAAGUGUCCAAGAAGCUGAUCGAGCUCACAUUGGCAUGGUUUGGCAAGGGAGACAAUGUGCCAAUGUCAAAGACAGCGGCUCAAGUCCUAGGCCUGGCCUCAGAGGCUAUUACCAACUUCCAUACAUUCUUUGAUCAAGUAAUGCCCCUUGCAAUCGGACAUCUCAAGCAAGGUUUGGAGCAACUUAGACGCCUCGAACAGACAUCACAGAUAUUCGAGGAGAUUGGUGGAGACGACGAGGCGACCAAGUCAUCCAGCGCACUCACUGGCUGGGCACUGUACUACAAUAUCAUGUUGAUGGUUGAGAAGAUGUUCCCUGUUCACGCUGCCGCCAUGAAUGCGAGCGACAAGUUUGUUCUUUUCUGGCCCGUGGCCAUCGAGUACCUCAACUACCCUCAUGUCUGGGUUAGAACAUCAGUCACCAGACUGUUUGGCCAAUACUUCAACACACAGAAGUUGGACGGUGUCAAGGACAUUGUACAGGGCACGUCACAGAAGAAACAGAAGCAGACGGUCCAGACCACGAUCUUCAACCCAACCACAUUGUUCCAGAUCACCAAGAAGACCUGUUCGCUACUGAACAGCAGGUUCCUGACCGAUGACCUAGGUCUCCAGGUGACCAAGAACCUCCUCUACCUCUCAAACGUCUUCUUCAAGUGCCAAAGUAUCAGGCCCAUGGAGGAUGCUGAGGAGGAUAUCCAAGACAUUGCAGAGGAGAAUGGCGAGGCCAUUGUCAACGGUGAUGGUGAUGAAGGUGAAGAGCAAGAUGACAAUGUUUGGGGAUUCAACGGCGACACAGAGAUGGAGGAGAGCAGUAAUACCAAUGGCAAGACCACUAGCUCAACCCCGACAAAGACCAAGUCAACAGAGACCCAACAACAGGGCGAGGAGUAUCCAAUGCUCCUGUGGAUGUUCAAGAGACUGUCGUACAUGGCAUCCAAAUUUGGUACAAUGCGUAGGAAGUACGUAUUCAGAUGGGUCGGCGCAGUUGCCAACCAGCUGCCAGAGAAGUCCAUGUCACAGUACCUCAGCAUCGUCUUGUACCCACUGUACAAGUCAUCCGAAGCCAAGUACAACCCGACCAAGGAGCUCAAGGACCUUUCAAUGGAGGUGCUCAACAUGAUCAAAAAGAAGGUUGGUGCGCCAACAUUCUCCCUGGCAUUCCGCGAGAUUGAAGGUGCCAUCUUUAAGAAGCGUGCACUGAGGAAGCAGGAGGAGAAGCUAUUGGCGGUGUCCGAUCCAAAGGAGCAUGCCAUCAGGAAGGCUGAGAAGAGGAAGCAGCGUACCCAGUCCAAGAAACGCAAGCAAACAGACUACACAGAGAUCACUGAUGAUCAUUUGAUCAAGAUGUUACUACAGAAUGCAUUGAGCCUAGUACUGGUUGGAAUCAUUUGGGGCUGCACCAACCCUCUGAUCAAACGAGGCAGUGAAGGUGUAUCAGCCAUCAAGAAGGAAGGCGCCCUUCAUCAGUUCAUUGCAGAGUUCAUCUAUCUUUGGACAAAGCCAUCAUAUGUUAUACCAAUGCUCACCAACCUGAGUGGGUCUGUAGUCUUCUUCUAUACACUCAGCCAAGCAGACAUAUCACUGGUUGUACCCAUCUCAAACUCAUUGACAUUCCUAUUCACUGCACUGAUGGGUAUGAUGCUGGGCGAGAAGACACUUGGAAUGAAAUCAUACAUAGGGAUGCUAUUCAUCCUGAUAGGUGUAUCAAUAUGUGUACUUAGUAAAUGA